ACCCUGAACCUGCUCUCGGUCAGUCUAGGACGCCACCUUUGGCUUUGGCUCCAUGCUGAGCUCUGAUUGGCCCGAUUACUAUAGAUAAAGGCGUGUGAUUGAUUGUGGUCUCACUCUGUCCAUCGAGAUGAAGUCCACAUUGAGAGUCCUGGGUCUGGUUGUGGUUCUGGUCUUGGUCCAAGCUGAGCCCAAAGACAAAGACAAAGGCCACGACCACGAACCACAAUGUGAAGGCCUCAAGAAGACCAUCAAAGAGGAGCAACUGCAUGAGGUGGAGGGGGUCUGGGUGGCGAUCUGGGCAGUCAGUGAUGGGCCCAAAGGUCAGAGUCUGCUUCCAAAUGUCACAAGCUCUCGUCUGAAACUGAAUCACCUCAACAAUAAUACCCUCCACUACUAUGAGGAGAACUUGUACAGGGGUCAGGUGUUCAAUUGUUCUUACUUCGAGAUGAAUCUGACUGUGGUGAAGGGGGGCGAGAAGCACGACCUCACACUGGAAACACAUGAAGGAGUGGGUGAGUAUGAGGGGAAGGUGGCACCGUUCCAUGAUAACGUGACGAUCUCGUUCUUCCGGAGCUGUGACCACUGCCUGACAAUGAUCUUCAGGAGCGAUGGAUGGAACAACUUCUUCCUCAUCUACAGGAGGGAGGGGCAUCACGCUGAGGUGGAGGCGGCGAAGAAAGAACAUGGCGCAUUCCAUAAACGAGCCGAGUGUUUGGGCUUCCCCACGGAGCCGGCAUUCCACUACGACGGAACCUCAGGUUUCUGUCACAAAGAGCAUUCGUGAAGCAGCAGAAACGAAUAAAGAUCUAAAGUCUCA